CAUACAUGCACUCAGAUACACACAACCAGACAUAAAUACACUUGACACAACAUAGUGUGAGAGGAAUACUUACAUGAAUAGUUUGGUAAUGUGCAGCCAGUUUUCUCCUCCCCUCUCUGUCCCCUCACACUCCGUGCAGCUCCUUCCUCUUCCCGCCCACACACACUCACAGCUCCUCUCCAAUGCAUCGCUCUGUCAGAGUGAAUAGUCCUGAGAGGGCUCCAGGACUAGAAGCAAAGCAUCGGGGGGGAAAAUGAGGCCGUGUACCACAAUGUGGAGUGGGGGCACUACACCACAGUUUAUGUUGUACAUUGCAGACUCCAAGCAAGUUAUGAGCCUCUCCCACAGUCAUGAAGUUCUGUAUGCCUAUGCAUAAAGGGAGCUGCAUUAAUCGCUUUCGCAUUGUUCAGGUAGAUCUCCACCUCUCAAAGGUCACCUACUCCUGCAAUAAGAUGAAGACACUUGACCGUGUCGUAAUGCAUAGGGAUUGGCCGUGGACAGACGUACACCAGGAGUGACGUGAGAAGGCGCUGUGGACGCCACUGUUCAAUUUUAUGCUCGUUUUUAUCGAUUUUCAUGUAGGCGCAACUGUUUUUCAAUAAAUGCCCUAUUUAUUUACGUACUACACUAUUGGAGGCCUUCCAUUUGUCCCUCUUGUUCCCCGAGCUUGAGCAAUCUAGGUACUCUGCUAAGGGACCAGUGUUCCAUCAGCCUUUACCAGGGGAUAUCGAGGAGAUUGAUGCGUGGUGGUAUUUCACAUUGAUUGCUGAUUUUAGCCCUCAUUGAGAACAGAAGCAAUGAAAUCUGUGUGGUUUCUCUGGUGGAGUUGUCUAUCUUUGUCUGCACACAGCAGUCCUGGUGUAGUAAUGAGAGUCACUCAGAAAUGGCUGGAUCACAUACGCUCUGAAGGAAUAGACGUGUUUCGUCACAUUCUCCUCUAUGAUCAUCUUCCAGAUAUAAAUGGUUCUACACGUGCGUUUGGUCAAGUUGAUUAUGCAAUUUCCAAAAUAACUGUUGAAGAAUUCAACAUCCCCCAUUGCACAGCUGUUCCAGUACCACUCACAGAUGUUGAUGUCACUGUUAAAGAUGCCAUGACCAAAGUGCAUGGUGAAUGGAAAGUACGGCACUGGUUGAUACAUGACCAAGGGACAUUUGACCUUACACUUUCAGAAGUAUCUUUAGCGGCAAAUCUAGCAACUCUCAAAGACUCGUCUGGACGCCCAUCUGUGUCUCUUUCUGCUUGUCAUUCAGAAAUCACAAAGGCCAAGCUACACCUGUCUGGUGGGGCAAGUUGGUUCUACAAUCUCUUCACUUUUUUGCUAGAAAAGCCCAUCAGGGAUAAAAUCAACCAGAAGCUCUGCCCACGAGUGAAUGAAGUCAUCGCAAUCCUGCAGAAGGAGUUGACAACAUUUCAAGUCACCGCAAAUCUUGAAGAAAAUAGUAUAAUUGACUACUCUCUUCUAACCCCUCCACAUGUGCAGAAAACCUGUAUUGAUUUAAAUUUGAAGGGAACCAUCCAACACUCUGGGGCUUUGGUAGAACAAGUUCCCAACACAGCACCUAUACAAUUACCUGAUACAAGUUCGGCUAUGGUUCUGGUUGGACUGUCUGAAUAUUUUUUUAAUAAUUUAGGAAAGUCUUACUUCAUGUCUGAUACUCUCAAACUGACACUCAACCAACAGCAGUUUCUAGAUUCUUACUGGCUUAAAACUGGUGACUACGGGUCCAUUAUUCCUAAGAUAAAAGACUAUUACCCUGUCUCAGAGGCUAUGAUGAUUACCAUAAGAGCCACAAAGCCUCCAGUCAUACACCUGACAUCCCAGCUGUCUAUGGAAAUGGAAGGACAUAUCGAAGGCUUAGUUGUCCUUCCUUAUUCUAUCACAAGGAAAAUCUAUUCUACCAAUGUGAAAGCAACGCUCAUUGCAACCUCGCUGCAAGUCGUUGACCUAAAACUGGUGGUUUCUUUCGCUUUGGAUAGGUUUCAGUUCUCAGAGUUCAAAAGUGAAGUUGGUUAUGUUAAUGUUUCGGAACUGGAAGAGUUAUUGGGAAACAGUUUAAGAGAAUCUGCACUUCUAGCAAUAAACAAUGGAUUACAUGGAGGCAUUCCUAUGCCAGCACUGGCUAACAUAACUCUGCAGGAUUACACACUACAAAUCACCCCUGGAUGUUUAUUGGCAUCAAUGGACAUGUACUACAUACCAUGGAGAAAACUAUUAGACAUUCUACCCAAGCACCAGUCUCCAGACCAUCACAUGCUGUGAAGAUUUAUGAACAAUAACAAGAUGGUUGUCCAACAGGCUACAUGGCUGUUAAUGGUUUAGAUGUGUCACAACGCCAGAUCAUUUUAAUAAAGUUUUGUUUCACCAA